CCGGGUGCGAUGGCCGGGGGAGUACCCCGGAGGGAGCCCGCCUCGGGGCUGCGGUGGCGAUCACGUGUGCCUCCCCCCCGGGGCGCAGUCCCUGCAGUCCCGCACCGAGCCCACCCGCCGGCUCACGCCCUCCACUCGGGCCAGCGUAGAAGCCGCAGGAGCGCAACGGGGCGUGAGGGGGAGGUUUUACGAUUUUAGCUAGGCCAUUUCCGGGAGGCGGAGCUCAGACUCGCAGUUCCUUUCUCUUCGACUCGGUGUCGCUCGGGUUGCUGAGCCCGUGUGCCCUGGAGACCCCUGCACCCGACCCGCGCCUCAGUCCCCGUGCAGGCCACCACGAGCUUCCUACGCGGGCUCGGCGUUGCGCCCAGGUCCCGGCGGCAAUAUGGGCGGCGCCCGAGACGUAGGCUGGGUGGCGGCGGGCCUGGUCCUCGGCGCCGGCGUCUGCUACUGCAUUUACAGGCUGACGCGGGGCCGGCGGCGAGGCGAUCGUGGGCGCCGGCUGCGCCCCUCGCGAUCUGCAGAAGACUUAACAGAUGGUUCAUAUGAUGAUGUCCUGAAUGCAGAACAACUUCAGAAACUCCUUUACCUGCUUGAGUCAACUGAGGAUCCAGUAAUUAUUGAAAGAGCUUUGGUUACCCUGGGUAACAAUGCAGCCUUCUCAGCUAACCAAGCCAUUAUUCGUGAAUUGAGUGGUAUUCCAAUUGUUGGAAAUAUGAUCAACAGUCGCAACCACAGUAUUAAAGAGAAAGCUUUAAAUGCACUGAAUAACCUGAGUGUGAAUGUUGAAAAUCAAAGCAAGAUAAAGAUAUACAUGAAUCAAGUCUGUGAGGAUGUCUUCUCUGAUCCACUGAACUCUGCUGUGCAGCUGGCCGGACUGAGAUUGUUAACGAACAUGACUGUUACCAAUGACUACCAGCACAUGCUCAACAGUUACCUUACAGACCUUUUCCACGUGUUACUUAUAGGAAAUGGAAGCACCAAGGUUCAAGUCUUGAAACUACUUGUGAAUUUGUCUGAAAAUCCAGCCAUGACAGAAGGACUACUCAGUGCCCAAGUGGAUUCAUCAUUCCUCUCCCUUUAUGACAGUCACAUAGCAAAAGAGAUUCUUCUUCGAGCACUUACACUAUUUCAGAAUAUACACAACUGCCUCAAAAUGGAUGGUCAUUUAGGUUUUCAGCCUACUUUUACUAAAGGUUCACUGUUUUCCCUAUUCUAUGGAGAAGAAUGUGCUCAAAAAAUGAAAGCUUUAGUUAAUCACCAUGAUGUAGAUGUGAAGGAAAAAGCUGUAAUAAUGAACUGCUGAUUGGCCAUGUUUCCAAUGCAGUCUGAAAAUAAUACGCAUUAUAAGUUUUUUAUUUUCCAUUUUCCUUAUAAAGGGAUCCAUUCUGCUAUGGAAUUUAAACAGUAAAUAUCAUGUUUCAUCAUUAACACAGUUAUAACUUUACCAUGGUCUUCAAGGUUUGUUUUUUUUGUUUUUUGUUUUUUGGAUCCUUUUAUUCCUACCAAAUAUGAGAACUUACAAUGAAAACAUUUUCUUGAUUUUGCGGUCCAGGUUGAUAUAUUGUUAUUUUCUCUACAUAAAGUGACAGUGAUCUUUUUACGUGUAAGCUACCCUUCUGCUAUCUGAAGUGAUUUGCAGUUACCCCUCUGAGAGGGCACUAGUGUGUGACUAAUUUGUUGUUUUAGAACUGCCAUAGGCAUGGCUGUUCUUUUAGUAGUGAAAAGAUCCUGAGCUCUCAAGGCCACUGUCAGCCCAGCCACACUGCUUUCCCAGAUCUAUUUGAAUCAUUAGAAUGUAUUCUAAUAAUUUCUAGUCAAUGAAAAACGUAAAUUUUUAGAAGACAGUGUUUGCUAUUUCUCACCCAUUCCAUUUAGCAGUAUGUAAACAUGUUACACCUAAAAUACUGGGAUCCAUUAAAAUGCCCAUCUGUAGGCAAUUGUUAAAUCAAUUACCCAGGCCUUAUAAAAAGAAUGAAGCCAAUCUGAAUUUGCUAAUGUUGAAAGACAUCCAUGAAAUAUGGUUGGUUUUUAAAAUGCAUGUUGUAGAAUAUGUUUAAUUUGAUCUCAUUUGUGGUUUUUUUAAAUGAAAAAUAUUUAUGCUUAUAAAUAUAUAUAAGCAUAAACAGUUCUAGAAUGAUACACAAACUCCUGGGAGUGGGACUGGGGAGUGGAGAAAUCACUUUUCUAGGGAUGUCCUCUUCUACUGUUUAAAUUGUUUACUAUGAGCAUACAUUUUAUAACUUUUUUUAAAUAAAGAGAAAAUUAC